ACCCACUCGCUCAUUCGCUGUAUGAUGCUCAAUGGCUCACUCUCCGAUUCCCUGCAGCAAAACAGGUCUGCUUUCCAUUCCACCCAACCCCCUCCCCCCAGUUCCUCCGUCUUUCAUCGAGUCACGCUGGUUGUUGUAAACUCCACGUCGGCACUGAAUCAUGGAGCCGCGGAAUGAACUGGCCGAGUGGGCCGAAAAGCAUGGUUCUGUUGCCAACGACGAUCCUCCAAAGGUUUCGCCACCAUCGUCAGAGUACGGCAUUGCGAGCUCGAGCUCUGCAACGUCUCAUAGCCUGGUGGGCUCGGGUUCUCGUUCAUCGCAUGACCAUGCGUCUGCUAGUAUCACCGCUUCGCGCUCGAAAACGUCCUACAGCUUUGGGCCUUCCCCUGACGGAUCAGCAACACCGCGUUCCGCCAAGCUGGGCUCGAGGUCCAAAACUUCUCAGUCCGCAGUGAGCUCUCCCGCGGUGAUAUGGAGCCGGCUCAAAGGCCUCGUUUCGUCGUCCUCGACGAGUGCAAGCUCAGCAAGCAUGCCCGAGGCCAACCUGGGCGACCAAUACUUUAUGCCUGACGAAUUGGACAUGAAUACCGAUGACUACAAUCCCAUGAAGGACAUCAUGCAGCAUAGCAUGUCCAGCAGUGUGACAAUGCCUCUUCCGAUGUCCGUCAGCAAGCCGCAGCGUAGAGCUUCCAGGCCGGCCCCUCGCUCCAAUCGAGAGAGCUGUGUAUACACUUGGCGCUUUAAAGUCAUUUUUCUCUUCCUGCUGUGUUUGAUUGUUUUGGUGCUUCUUGUCAAUCCUUAUGUCCGUGUCCUUCUGUAAAUGCCAAGCACAUUCGUUUCUUUGUUUUUCUGUAGUUGCGGUGUUCACCGAUUCAUCACCUCCCCGCCCCCGCCUCGCCCGAAAACCGCCCCUCCCCUAACCGAUCAGAAGACUAUCCUCCAUUUCCGACUUAACAAUGUGACACGAAAUUCAACACAAGCUGGAUUUUUGUUUCUUUGACAUCCUUCGAUUCGCGCACACGCAUCGAGCUUGGCUGCAAU